CGCAGCAUGUAUCCGGAGGACCUGUCUUUCUCUGCACCGGGCAGAUAGGGUUUUAGACUAGAGCAUGGAAAGCGAAAGAUGUGCUAACCUUAUGAGAUUUUGCCAUUUUUAUUGUUCCAUUUGAAACCAGAGUCUAGCGUGAAUAUAUAAGCUGAUUUGGUAAACAAGCAGUCGAAUAUAAUUUCCCAGUUCUUGUUUCUAGUUACCGUCAGUGUCCGGCAGAAGAAAGGGAACCCCUGUCAUGGAUGAGGAGCCAGAGAGAGCUAAACGCUGGGAGGGAGGAUACGAGCGGACAUGGGAAGUGCUCAAAGAGGAUGAGUCGGGGUCUCUCAAAGCCACUGUGGAAGACAUCCUCUUCCAGGCCAAACGGAAAAGGGUGCUUGAGAGUCAUGGACAGGUGCGCCUUGGGAUGAUGAGGCACCUGUAUGUGGUGAUCGACACCUCAAGAACCAUGGAGGACCAGGACCUGAAACCCAAUAGGCUCACCUCCACCCUUAAGCUGAUUGAGUUUUUUGUGGAGGAGUACUUUGACCAGAACCCUAUUAGCCAGGUUGGCAUCAUCACCACCAAGAACAAAAGGGCAGAGAAGCUGACAGAUCUGGCAGGCAACCCAAAGAAGCAUGUGGCAGCCCUGAAGAAAGCGCUGGACUCGACCUGUGUUGGAGAGCCGUCUCUCUACAACUCACUCACUCUGGCGAUGCAGACCCUCAAACACCUGCCUGGCCACACCAGCAGGGAGGUUCUAAUCAUCUUCAGCAGCCUCACCACCUGUGACCCAGCAAACAUCUAUGAGCUGAUUAAGACCCUGAAGUCCCUGAAGAUCCGUGUGUCUGUCAUCGGCUUGUCUGCUGAGGUGCGCGUCUGCACGGUGCUAACUCGAGAAACCGGAGGGUCAUACCAUGUGAUCCUGGAUGAAAGCCACUUCAAGGAGCUGUUGAUGUUCCACGUGAAGCCUCCUCCAGCCAGCUCCUCUGCAGAGUGCUCCCUCAUCAGGAUGGGGUUCCCCCAGCAUACCAUGGCCUCGCUGUCUGACCAGGAGCCCAGACCAGCCUUCAGCAUGGCGCACCUGGACAGUAGCAGUGAUCCGUCCCUGUCUCUAGGAGGAUUCUUUUGCCCUCAGUGCCACGCCAAGUACACAGAGCUUCCUGUGGAGUGCAGAGUGUGUGGGUUGACGCUGGUGUCUGCCCCUCACCUGGCCCGCUCCUUCCACCACCUGUUCCCCAUGAACACUUUCCAGGAGGGUCCUCUACAGCACGGAGGAGAGAGGUUCUGCCACGCAUGCCAAGGGGAGCUGAAAGAUAAAAGUGUGUUCACCUGCCCUGUGUGCAGCAGUGUGUUCUGCGUGGAGUGUGAUCUGUUCAUCCAUGACACCCUGCACUGCUGCCCCUCCUGCAUCCACUCACACAGCGCCCCCUGAGGGCAGCAGGUCGAACUGCAGCCAAAUGCUCUUCUGCUCUGAGUCAGCACCUGCUUGUCCUGGCGAGCAGGUUUGACCCCCAACCCUGGUGUUUGAGACCCCAGACUCGUGUAUCUGAGGAAGCUUAACUCCUCCUGGUAAAUGUGUGAUUGAAACUCUUCAUACUAAAAGUGGAGAUCUGCAGAAAGUGUUUCCUUGGAAGAGACUAUAGAUGGGGUUGGGUUUAGAUACAUCAGAUUUCUCUGCUUUAUGAGAGGUGUGUUUCCAAGAGUGCCAGUAUUUCAUGGAACCUUUUCAGUCUAUUUUCAAGUAGAUGUUUCCUAUUGUGUCAACGGAGACAAACUUUGUCUUGUGACUCAAGAAGUGUAAGUAAUUUGGCCUUUUAAAGUAUGUUGACGUUUCCUGUUUAAAGUGUUGGUAGUGUUAAAGCUCUAGUAUCAGGACAAUGGACCAAACCUUGACAAUAAACUUGAGCUAUUUUUCUAGA